AAGAAGCCUGGCAACAAUCGAACACAUUUUCAACGACCAACGACCAUGAGGGGAUUUCUGAUCAUUUGUUUGUUCUUUACAGCAGUUCAUUCUAUCAUAGGCGAAACCAGCAGGAUUGAUGUGCGUAAAAAACAUGAAAACGACGCGGCUACCCACAGCUCUGCCAUAACAACAGGAGUGUGGAAUCAGGAGAAACCAAAGAGACUCUUUUCCAGAACGCGCUUUUUGUCCCAGAGACAUCAUGUGAGGCCUAAGCCAAGACCUGAGGCACUUUCUGCAGUCCAGACUCCAGCCCGACGCUGUGGAGGUCUGAUGGAGAAUUGCUCUUCUGUCACUCCCUGCUGUGACCCAUGUGCUUCCUGCCACUGCAGGCUUUUCAACACCAUCUGCCACUGCUGGAGACUGGGACACCACUGCCUCAAGAAUACCUAGCAUCAUGACCAUUGACAUCAAAUCAACAUAUAGUUUAGUCUGUAAAUAUACUGUAUAUCAGUGAUUCUUGGCUGGCUUUGCCAUUGCUGACGUUUGAUGGUUUAUGCUGAAUCACCAAAAUCUUUACCAGUGAACCUCGUGGUAGUAUGUAAUUUUCACAGCUGGUUGAUAUGUUUCUACCAAGGGAAAAUAUUCAAAUAUGUAAGAUUCAUGGCUUUUUUCCUUCUUAAAGGCCCUAUGUAUUAUUGUGCUGACUUGUAUAAUUUUAACUAUGUGAUUAUACAAGGUGUUGAAAUGUAUUAUUCGCUUUUUACCAUUGUAUUGUAUUGUAUUGCUGUGAUGUCUGAUUCAUAGAUCUGCGGGCCAUUUCCGGCCUGGCAGCCACCAGCUGAAAAAAUACAGCGAUAUCACUUGCUACAUCAACCCAAAUAAUACAUGUGUUGCUACACAACGGUGCUUUACAGAGCACCACAGAUCACAUUAACAUGUAACUAAGGAGUCAUUUUGUGUAUUACUUUCUGUAAAAUCUGUGUGUAACUUUUACAUAAGACUGAGUUAAUUCCUCUAUUUGAACCGUUGUUCUGUUUGCCAUUUGUAAAUGUUAUUAUAGUGAAUUUAGAGGUAUUCAGUCCAGGCAAAGGCUCUUUUUCAUUAUUUUUAACAUUCUCUGUAUUUUUUAACCCAUGCAAGGGGCAUAUAAUAUAAUCUUACCUUCUCUUAACUAUAUAAUCUCUACAAUAGAUUUGUAUGAAAACGGUUGUUUUAGGUGUGGUCAAUGUGAAUGCCCUUGUUGACAGACUGUGAAUUUAGAAUCAUAAUUAAUUUUCUGACAUCUGACCUCUACUUCGAUGACUGGAGAUGUUUUUUUCACAAAAAAUAUCAGAGUUCUACAUGUGAACAUAAAGAAAAAGCUUUAACUACUAGCCCUCAUCAUAUAUUUCUAUCCAUUGUCAGGUCAUAUUGACCGAAUAUUAUUGGAAAAUGCUCUUUUAUUCUUAAUAAAAAUAGCCCAGUGAUUUAUGGAGAAUUCAUGCUCUUUAAUAUAUCCGCUGAAAUUUGUAUGUCAGCAGGUUGGUUUAGUGUUUGGCGCUAUAUGUGUGUAUUAUGUACUGCAUCCUUCUUUUUGAGGGCAGCAACUAUUACGUAAGAACCUGCAGAAUGUGUCAGAUCCUGCUGAGAAACCACAAUUACUUUACAAUUUUUAUUGGAGAAUCUGGAA